CGCCCAUUCAGUCCGUCUCGCUUUCUCAUUGAUCGAGCGCUUUGCCGUCAAAACUAUAGGAGGCCCGUUGCCUUGGUUUCCAACUCCUAUUGGACAGGCGUGACGUAAUGUCCCACUCUGAUUGGCUACUGGCUAUCCGCCUAGCGGCGGGGGAGACUGGGCCCGCCAUUCUAGUCUGUGACGUCAGGCGCGGUGGCCGCCAUUUUGGAGCGGAGUGAGUGGAGUCGGACGGACUGAGGCGCCCGGCGGGAGAGCCGUUAUCUUCCGUUCGCUUCCCUUUCCCCCUUAUAGCCGGUAACAUGUCCGAUAAAUACAUUGGCGACUCGCACCUGGAAGAGACCGGCGAGGAGAAGCAGGACUCGCAAGAAAAGGAAGCGGUGACUCCAGAAAAAGCAGAGGAGCAAAAAUUGAAAGCCAAAUAUCCCAAUUUAGGACAGAAACCUGGAGGUUCAGACUUCCUGAUGAAAAGGCUUCAAAAAGGACAAAAGUACUUUGACUCAGGUGACUACAACAUGGCCAAGGCCAAGAUGAAGAACAAACAGCUGCCAUGCGCAGGGCCAGACAAGAACCUGGUAACUGGAGACCACAUCCCUACGCCACAGGACCUUCCGCAGAGGAAGUCUUCACUGGUGACCAGCAAGCUAGCGGGGCAUGUCGAGGACUUGCACCAGGUGUAGAGACAGUGACGCCGAUACAGUGGUGCUCCCCCGGACGCUAUUGCGUCGGCCCAACAGAACGAACAAAGUGAAACCUUUCAAGGCGGACAAUCACCACUCAACUUGUCGAGGAAGGCCUUCUUGCAUGGAAAGGGGCACCCAUGCACCCGCAGAACUUUCUAACUAGAACGUGUAAGAUAAUAGAGUUUGUGAAAUCCACUACAUCUCAUGUACGAGUCUGGAACCGGGUGGAUGUCGACGGCUCGUGGUUUAUUUCGAAGCUCGGAAGAGUGUUGCGACGCAUCUCCAUCACUGCCCUGCUGAUUAGGACAGUCAUUCAGUCCCAAAGCCAAUCCUACGCAGGGGUUGUAUUAACUGCUGAUAUUUAAUCUUUCAUUCCAACAUGCUGUAAAGUGAAAGCCAUUGGCCCCUGAGCAGGAGAUAUAGAAAAUUAGGACACAUUCAGCUAUCCCAAUUAUACCGUAAGAAAAUUAAUAGCAUCACAAGAGGGUUUGCUAACUCAUAUCACGUUUUUUUGCCCUACAUUUCACUACAGGAAAUAAUUGAAAUAUUUCCAAAUAUGUUUCCCGUUCGGCAGUGCCAUACAUGGCAUACAUUUGAUUUGGCUUCAUGAGAAAAUCUGCUGUGGUGCAGGCUUCCUUAUGGGACAGGGCUGCACCGUCGUGCCGACUGCCCAAGCUUCAUUGUGCUUUCUAAUUAUCCAAUGUGCAUAUGCCAAGGACAUCCAGUGGAGACCAAGCCACCAUGGAAUUUUACACUGCACGGCAAUAUUAGCUAGUGAGAAGCAAUACUCUCAUUUAAUAAGAAUCUCUGUGAGGGUCACACAAGUCCCUAAUAGUUGCCUGUUAGAUAUAUAGAAAUAUAUAUAUUUUACAGCCAUAACCUGGACACAGGGACAGUAGUUGCCCCCAUAAAUGGCACGACGGUCAGCCUUUAUUCUCAUGUUGAAUCCCUGCUUUGUGACACUGAGAGUCUGCUUUACAGUCCAAAUCAGUAGAUUUCAUUAAGUGCAUAAAAGAAUCUCCUAAGUGGUCGUAGAAGAAACGUAUCCUUUAUGGCAAAGUCAGUCCUUAAGGCUUUUCCUAUUUGUAGGCCAAACGUGUCUGUGUGAGAGGAAAACCUUGGGUGAGUUUGGCCAGAAUCAUGCCCAUGUUUGUAAUAUCAGCAUCUGUUAAUCCCCCAGGGCACGCGCUGGCAAACAACAUGGAGUGGAAAAUAGGCCACGCCCGAAUGAUCAUUAUCCAAUAAACAGGCCGCACUCCUAUGAGAGCAAGCUCUAUGUUUAUGCUCUUGGAGCAAUGUUAUGUAAAUCUGGGAAUAAAUCACAUUAAAAUGUUAAAUUUACUUGUUAAAU